UUUGUACCGGGCGCCGGGAGGCAGAGAAAGAGCGCGCAGCGACGGGCCAUGGGGAGCCUGAAGGAAGAGCUCCUGAAGCCCAUCUGGCACGCUUUCACCGCCCUCGACUUGGACAGGAGCGGUAAAGUCUCCAAGUCGCAGCUUAAGGUCCUUUCUCACAACCUCUGCACAUUGUUGAAUGUUCCUCAUGAUCCAGUGGCCUUAGAGGAGCAUUUUAGGGAUGACGAUGAAGGACCUGUUUCUAAUCAGGGAUAUAUGCCUUAUUUAAAUAGAUUCAUCUUGGAAAAGGUUCAAGACAACUUUGACAAAGUUGAAUUCUAUAAAAUGUGUUGGACUCUAUGUGCCAAAAAAAACCUCAAAAAAAAACCCUUACUCCUUACGGAUGAUGAUGCUUUUAAAGUGUGGGUCAUCUUCAAUUUUCUAUCUGAAGACAAAUAUCCAUUAAUCAUUGUACCAGAAGAGAUUGAAUAUUUGCUUAAGAAGCUGACAGAAGCAAUGGGAUUAGGUUGGCAUGGUUAUAUGUGGAAGAAGGGUCACAAAAGGAAAAACUGGACAGAACGUUGGUUUGUUUUAAAACCAAAUGUUAUAUCAUACUAUGUUAGUGAAGAUUUAAAAGACAAAAGAGGAGACAUUGCACUGGAUGGCAACUGUACUGUAGAGGGCUUGCCUGACAAAGAUGGCAAAAAAUGUCUCUUUCUUAUAAAAAAUUUAGAAAAAUGUUUUGAGAUUAGUGCCUCUGAUAAGAAGAAGAAACAGGAGUGGAUUCAAGCCAUUCAGACAACGGUAAAUCUGCUCAAAUUGAAAAGCCCUUCACCUCAUAAAGAGGCACGCCAGAAACGGAAAGAAUUACGCCAAAAACUACAGGCGGAACAAGCAGAACUGGAGAGGCAAAUGAAAGAGCUCCAGAUAGCAAAUGAGAAUAAACAGAAGGAACUGGAAACCGUCCGAAAGCAACUAGAAGAGGCAGCCGCUCGAGCGUCAGAAGAAGAGACAAAACGUCUGCAGACUCAAAUGGAAUUACAAGAUCGAUUCAGUCUUGAACUGGAGAGAGAGAAAAUGGUAAGACAGAAAAUGGAAGAACAGGUUGCUCAGAAAUCAUCUGAGCUUGAGCAGUACUUACUGAGAGUCAAAGAACUUGAGGAAAUGUAUAAGCAGCUACAGGAAGCUUUGGAGGAUGAGAAACAAGCCCGCCAAGAUGAGGAAACUGUCAGGAGACUUCAGGCCAGACUGCUAGAAGAAGAGACAAGCAAGAGAGCAGAGUUGGAAAAGUGGCACUUAGAGCAGCAACAAGCCAUUCAGGUGACUGAGGCAGAAAAGCAAGAGUUGGAAAACCAGAGAAAAAUGAAGGAACAUGCUCUACAGAUCGCCAUGGAGCAGUUGGAAGAACUGGAAUUAGAGAGGAAGCAAGCCUUUGAACAAUAUGAGGAGGUAAAGAAGAAAUUGGAAGUAGCAGCAAGCAAAACUAAAAGUUGGAAAGAUAGAGUAGCUCAUCAUGAGGGAUUAAUUCGAUUAAUUGAACCAGGUUCCAAGAAUUCCUAUUUGAUCACUAAUUGGGGACCGGCGGCCUUCACUGAAUCUGAACUUGAGCAAAGAGAGAGGAGUUGGAAAGGGAAAAGGGGCACUUCUGAUUAGCGAAUGUGGCUGAAAUACAUUGGGGACAGCACAGAGCAGAAAUCUGCUAAUUAAAUAAAAUGUUUUCCUACCAAUAUAUUGCAUACACUGCAUGCUAGCUCAAGAUAUGUAAAGAAUUUAAAUACAAAAUAUAAAUUCUACCGCACAACAUGAAUUAUAACAGAAUUUCUGAGACAGCUAAAUGUUUACAUAAAUUGUUUGAAUAAUUGUGUGCAGUUAAUGAAAAUGUAAACGUAAUUUAAAGUGUGUUUUUAAAUUUGGAAUUGGGACAAGUUGAAUGAACUAGAACACAUUGGGAACAUAGUGAGCUUUUAUACCCAUAUUGUUAACCUAGGUUGAUUAGAAAACUAUGAACGUAUCCUACUACUUUUAUGUCUGGAGCAAUAAAAGCUUAUGUGAACAGCAAGAAGAUGGUUAUCUUUGGUAGAUCCAGGCCAAAAGUACAUGGAGAGAUAUAGCAGUUUGGACCAAUAUGUUAGUAUAUUAGUGGCAUAAUGUUUUGGUGUGUGACUGAAUUGCUUUUCCCAUGUAAAUACAGAAUAUAUUCUCAAGUAGUAAUUUCAGAAUCUUAAUAAUUCUGUAGUU